AUGGGUUGCGGAUGCUCCAGAGAACUCACUCCUUCCGAGGCUGCCAUCGAGGAGAGAGAUGUCGCCAGCCUCGAAAUGGCCCAGAAACUCGAGUGGUACGCCCUUCUGGAACGCGGAGUAUCAGAGAAGAGAAAGAAGGAAAAGAUGAAGGAGUAUAGAAGGGACUGGAAAGACUUCAACGGCCGCAGGCCCCGCGGGUUUUGGGGCGACUCUCCCAACUAUCGAGGAAUCCACGUCAACUUCCCUUAA